AGCACCUACGCCUUUAUCGCCAGUUGCUGUUAGCGGGUCUCCGCGGGGCUGCAAGACGCCCCACUAAUUUGGCACAGGUAAAGCAAGUUGUACAAGGGAAAGAGGAAACGCCAGCCGCAUUCUUAGAAAGAUUAAAAGAGGCUUACAGAAUGUAUACUCCCUAUGACCCUGAGGAUCCAGGGCAGGCUGCUAGUGUUAUCCUGUCCUUUAUCUACCAGUCUAGCCCGGACAUAAGAAAUAAGUUACAAAGGUUAGAAGGCCUACAGGGGUUCACACUGUCUGAUUUGCUAAAAGAGGCAGAAAAGAUAUACAACAAAAGGGAAACCCCAGAGGAGAGGGAAGAAAGAUUAUGGCAACGGCAGGAAGAAAGAGAUAGAAAGCGCCAUAAGGAGAUGACUAAAGUCCUGGCCACAGUAGUUGCUCAGAAUAGAGAUAAGGAUAGGGAAGAAGGUAGACAGGGAGAUCGAAGGAAAAUACCUCUGGGGAAAGACCAGUGUGCCUAUUGCAAGGAAAAGGGACAUUGGGUUCGCGAUUGCCCGAAACGACCCCGGAAGAAACCCGCAGAGAUUUUUCCUCGUUACGGGAUCCCUCAGGUAUUGGGUUCAGAUAAUGGACCCGCCUUCAUCUCCCAGGUAAGUCAGUCUGUGGCCACCCUACUGGGGAUUAAUUGGAAAUUACAUUGUGCAUACCGACCCCUAAGUUCAGGUCAGGUAGAAAGAAUGAAUAGAUCAAUUAAGGAGACUUUAACUAAAUUAACGCUAGAAACUGGCUCUAAGGAUUGGGUGCUCCUCCUGCCCCUGGUUUUAUACCGGGUACGUAACACGCCAGGUCCCCACGGGUUAACUCCUUUUGAAAUCCUGUACGGGGCACCUCCACCUAUGGCUCACUUCUUUGAUUCUGACAUCUCUGGUUUCGCUACAUCCCCCACCAUGCAGGCACAUUUACGCGCCCUGCAGCUGGUCCAAGAAGAAAUCCAGAGACCUCUAGCGGCAGCCUACCGAGAAAAGCUCGAAACCCCGGUUGUGCCUCACCCCUUCAAACCAGGAGACUCCGUCUGGGUUCGGAGACAUCAAACCAAGAACCUCGAGCCACGGUGGAAGGGACCACAUAUCGUCCUCCUGACCACCCCCACGGCCUUAAAAGUAGACGGAGUUGCUGCUUGGAUCCACGCCUCUCAUGUAAAGGCUGCAGGGCCAACCACCAAUCAGGACCCCUCAGACGACCCCAGCUCAGACGAUCUAUCAAGAUGGAAGGUCCAACGCACCCAAAACCCUCUAAAGAUAAGACUUUCUCGUGGGACCUAAUAAUUCUGGUGGGGGUCUUACUAAGACUAGACGUGGGAAUGGCCAAUCCUAGUCCGCACCAAGUGUAUAAUAUAACUUGGACAAUAACCAACCUUGUAACUGGAACAAAGGCUAAUGCCACCUCCAUGUUGGGAACCCUGACAGACGCCUUCCCUACCCUAUAUUUUGACUUAUGUGAUAUAAUAGGAAAUACAUGGAACCCUUCAGGUCAGGAACCAUUCCCAGGGUACGGAUGUGAUCAGCCUAUGAGGAGGUGGCAGCAGAGAAACACAGCCUUUUAUGUCUGUCCAGGACAUGCCAACCGGAAGCAAUGUGGGGGGCCACAGGAUGGGUUCUGCGCCGUAUGGGGUUGCGAGACCACCGGGGAGACCUAUUGGAAACCCACCUCCUCCUGGGACUACAUCACAGUAAAAAAAGGGGUUACUCAGGGAAUAUAUCAAUGUAGUGGAGGUGGUUGGUGUGGGCCCUGUUACGAUAAAGCUGUUCACUCCUCGACAACGGGAGCUAGUGAAGGGGGCCGGUGCAACCCCUUGAUCUUGCAAUUUACCCAAAAGGGAAGACAAACGUCUUGGGAUGGACCUAAGUCAUGGGGGCUACGACUAUACCGUUCAGGAUAUGACCCUAUAGCCCUGUUCUCGGUAUCCCGGCAAGUAAUGACCAUUACGCCGCCUCAGGCCAUGGGACCAGAUCCAGUCCUGCCUGAUCAAAAACCCCCAUCCAGGCAAUCUCAAAUAGAGUCCCGAGUAAUACCUCACCCCAGCUAAAUGUAUGAUUCCGUUUAGGCUCCUAAGAAAAGGGGGAAAUGAAAGUCCCCUUCCCCUUGCUUUGACCCCCUGUCAUAAUAUGCUUAGCAAUAGUAACGCCAUUUGCAAGGCAGCACCAGGAAGUUCAGGGGUCUUAUCUUAAGUCAACCGUUUAGCUGCCAAACAGGAUAUCUGUGGUCAGCCACCUGGCCCUAAGAUAGGAACGGAGAGUACUGACUCCACCCGAUAUACCCUAGAGAUGAGCCAUGUCAGCCAUCCAUGUUUGUUCCCCUCAUUCUGGAAAAUCACCCUCAGGAAAAAAAACCAGCCUCAUUUAACUGGACCAAUAAGACCCCGUAACCAUGCUUCUCGCUUCUGUAACCGCGCUUCUGCCACUCCAACCCUAUAAAAGUCUCCCCAGCCCAACAGGAGGCGCGCAAGUCUUUGCUGAGACUUGACCGCCCCGGGUACCCGUGUACCGAAUAAACCUCUUGCUGUUUGCAUCUGA